UGCAAAGCCAAGACGCCUACCGAAUUCAAUCUGUUCCAUUUUUAAAAACCGCGCGUGUUAAUUCAUAUUAUUUUUCGAUAUGCAUCUUAGGUUGCAUUUAUUUUUCGGCCAGAUGUUGUGGCUCGUAUCAGUCAUCAAUGGAAAAAGUUUCCAAGGCGAUCCUGGAUAUGGCAGGAACUUGUUGAUCAAAGCGAUACCGGCAAUCGAAGAUUAUCAAAGUAACAUAUAUGAAGUGUUCAUGGAACCUUAUUUGUAUGAACUCGGCUCAUCUUAUCCUUUUGGAAGCGAGCGUUCUGAUAAACAAAUAGAAUUUCCUGUUGGUCCUCAACCAACACCCGGUUUGCGAGCUAUUGCGCAAUUACAAGCCGACGAAGAGUCAGGAGUAGGAGGCGAGUUGGUGUUCACCCAAAUCUUACCAAACGGCCCUGUUACAAUCGAAGGCAACGUGACAGGACUUUCUCCUGGUCUGCACGGACUUCAUGUGCAUCAAGCUGGUUCCAUAAAAGAUAAUUGCAAAGAAAUCGGACCACACUUCAUAGCUUACUACGGUCGUCACGGCGGACCACGCGAUGAAAUUCGUCACGUCGGCGACCUCGGUAACAUUAAAGCGGAAGAAGGAGAAACACUAAAGGUCAAAAUCGUGGACCACUUGAUUUCUUUAGUUGGCCCACGCUCAGUAGUGGGGAGGUCCAUAGCCAUAUCGAAAAGUGAAGAUGAUUACGGCCGAGCGAGCACGGAAGACAGUGCUCUCACUGGCACUUCUGGGCCAGCUAUUGCUUGCGGAAUUAUCGGGUAUUUGAAUUAAUACAUAAAAUAAUUCUGAAUAAAUAUAUCAUUUCCGUAUCCUUUUAUAUAAAUUAGGAAUUCGUUUUUUUCAUUCAAUAACAAAGAAUAAAUGAAAGCUAUCGAAAGAUAUGUCAUUAGUAUUUAAUGUAUUUUUAUAUGGAUUUAGUAUAUACCUGAUAUUAUUGUUACUUAAGAUACUCAUUUUAUUAAAAUAAUAAAUAAAAACACAGU